AUGUAUGUAGAAUUUUUUUUAAAAAUUACUGAUUUUCUUAAACCAGACAUAUUAAUUUGCAAUAGAGAGAGAAACUCUCUUGUCCCUGGUCUCGAGGCAGCCGCCGGAGGCAUCUAUAUCACCGUGGUGUUUCGUCCGAUCUGCGCUAAGAAGAGGUCUCCCUUGUCACUCGCCGGUGUGUUUUUUCACCGGAAAGAAGCAUUCAUCCGAGCUCCAUCUCUCCCACCCCCCGUGAUGGCUCUAGUGGAGCCCUUGGCUCUGCUCCGACCUACGGCCUCCGCUCCACCCUCUCGAGAUUGCGAGAUUACGGAGCGUUCAAAGGCGAGGCCACCUCCUCUACAUGAGCCGUCGGACCCAGUCCAUGCACCGUCGCGCGUGCUCAGCCAUUCUGUCCUCCACCACCGUCUUGCGCCGGUAACCUUCCUAGACCAGAUUGGCACGGGUUCUAGGUGGUUUUCUCGAUGCGUUAAUGGCGAUGGUCUCGCUCCCCAUGGGAUCUCCCUCCAAAUCCGCCACCGUGAGGAAAUCCUGCACCGCCAUUUACACACCGGCGAAGUCUCUCUUUGUAGAGAUCAGCAUCCGCCUCCCCCUCCUCUCCGCCGUAGUAGGGUUUCAUCACAGUGGCUACAACGCCCCAAUUGCCUGAAACCUCAACCCCCUUCUCCGGCCAUCCAGUAUUGGCUCUCGCCGGGAAAGUCCCGCCGCUCACCGGAGUUUCCACCGGGAAAGCGUUUGGGCCGCCGAUGGCCACAAAUUCCGUCAUCUUUUCAUAGUGUUGGGCUGAGAGUGAAGAUGGGCAUUUCAAAGUCCAAAGUUUCAUGGAUUCUCAAAUCCUGUAAAUUACUCCCGGUGGAAGAUUUCAAUUCCACCUUCUUCCGUCUCUUUGAGAUGGUCGUAUCUUCUUCCCUCUCCUGGAGAGCGAUCGAAUUCCCGAGUUUUAUGCCGGGAGCUUCAAAGUCACAAUUGAAAGUGACUAACCUGAAACUCUCUGACUUUGUCGCGAAUACCCUCUCGACGCAUCCGAGACUUGUCUGGGAUCCGCUGUCCAUCUUCUACGAUGAUCUAUCUGCUUUAGAUUUUAUUGCAUUUCAAUUAUGUUGUAUUAUUGUUGGAGGAUGCUUAAUUCUCUCUCUUUGUACUUUGAUCGGUUAA